UGAGCUAUGAGGCUCAGAGCGUCCUAUCGCUCGGUCGUGGUGGGCGCCGGUCCAGCGGGGCUGGCAGCCAUCGCCAAUCUCCUCGACGCGGGCAUCCAUCCAAUCCUGUGGGUGGAUCCAGCCUUCGCGGCCGGCCGCCUCGCCAGGUACCAGCGAGUUCCAAGCAACACGAAGGUCCAGCUCUUCGUGGAUUUCGCCAUGGCGUCGCCCACGCUUGCUCGCCUCGCUGCCACCAUGUCUCCGCCUCCUCUAGGUGAGUUUGAGAGCAUGGAUCCGCAAGGCACUUGCUUGCUCAAGCACACGGCUCGGAUGGUUUCGCAGCUCACCCGAGGAAUCCAGCAGCACCUCGCUGACAAAGUCGAUUGCUACCAAGGAUGGGUGACUCGAGUUCAUGGCUCAUCUAAGCAGCCAUCUUGGUCUGUUGCUCUCGGCGUCGAAGCUCAAGAUCAAGAAGCUACUGUGGUCGACACGGACAGUGUGAUCUUCGCCACAGGUUCUCAUCCCAUCCCCUCGCAUUCCUCCUGGGCUCCCCAUAAACUCUAUGCCCGUCCCGAGCAUGCCAAGAUGGUCGAGGAGCUGAGCUUGGAGACCGCUCUCGACCCAGGCGCGCUACAAUCGGGAGUAACUCCCUCCGACGUUGUAGCUGUCGUCGGUGGAAGCCACUCGGGCGUUCUCUGCCUCAAGAAUCUAGCCGAGCUUCCAAAUAGACCACGCAAGAUCCUUCACUACUAUCGGCAAGAGCUCAAGUAUGCCGUCUACAUGGACGGCUGGAUUCUAUAUGAUAAUACGGGACUGAAAGGUGACGCCGCCGUUUGGGCGCAGCAAGUCCUCGAGCCUGGCCUCGUUCCACGCCUCGACUCACACCACCUCGAGAGCCCCGAGAGCGAAGCCGAGAUUUACAAGGCAACCAUGCCUGAGGUGACCAAGAUCAUCUACGCGAUUGGCUUCCAGCGGAACAAGCUCCCGGAGAUGGUGCUGGAGGAGUUUCACGGUGGAGGCUCCAAGGAUCAUGGAGAACGUGUCAAGCAUUCUCCACAGAGUGGGAAGCUCGUCCUGGGCGACAAGCCCAUUCCUGGGCUGUGGGGAUAUGGGAUUGCGUUCCCGGAGGAGACUGUGGAUCCUCUCGGGAACAAGGAGUGGGCCGUGGGACUGUGGAAGUUUAUGCGUUACAUGAAGAAGGUGAUCCCUGAGAAUGUAGCGCCAGAGAUUAUGAGUAAUAGCAGCAAACUAUAAUAAUUAAUAAUCGAAUCAAUAAAAGAAUUAUUGUCAAUAAA